UGAUAUUUUUUUGCCAAUCUCUCUUUAUUUUUCCUAUAAUUUCUCCUUCUUUAAUCCCUUCUCCUCUCAUUCUCUUCCUCUUCACGCCGCCUCUCUUCUUGUUCUUGUUGUUGUUCUUCUUCUUCACCUACACCCCUUUUUCCUAUUCUAUUCGAUCAUUCUUGGAAACCCCACAUUUUCUUUGAUCAAAAAACUCUUCCUUUUCCUCUACAUUUUACCCCCUUUUCCCCUUUUUCCUUCACUGAUACGUGGGUCUUCUUUCUUUUCUCUAAUCGCCUAUUGGGCGAAGAUAGAAACGUUUGUGUGUCACUGUAUCAUUUAUUCUUUAAGUGAGGGGUUUGCUUUUGUUGCCUUUUGGUACAGUGAGUUUUUUGUGAGUUACUUACAACAAUGGAAGAGAUGCCUAAUGAAAAUGAAUUCGAAGACAUUGCGAAAUAUAUUGGCAAUCAGAUUCCUAAUGUUGCAUCUGGUAAUGCAGAUCCUGAAGGUUGUUUGUUAUCAAUAUCUGUAAGUUCGUAUGAAGGAUCUUCCAUGAGAGAUUUCCAUAGCAACGGGCACUUGAUGGACGGAAAUAUCUCUAUGAGUACACUCCAGCAAUCAUCUAUGGAUCAUACUUCGACUAGGCAAAAUUCUGUAUCGGGUGAUCAGUCCUUGACACGUGCAUUUGAAAAGUUAAACUUUGGUGAUGAGUCGAAGGGGCGUGCUUGGAGGUCUCGUGCCUUUCUGUUUGAAGACCAUUACUCAGACAACUUGAGUAAACAGUUACAGAAUAUCGAUCCAUCAGUGUUUGCUGCUUGGAGUCCUUCCAGUCACUUGACUAAUGGUGUUCAUGAUCCUCAUUCGACAAGACUUGGCCACCAAAACCCUCCUUCCAGAUAUAUACCUGAACAGUACAAGAAGUGGCAACUUGGUCAGCUUCAGCCUUUUGAGUCUUUGUCCCCUAAUGCACAUUUAACCCAAGAGGUGGUUAAUGUGUCUGCUCCGAACUCACAGUUCCCAAUUGCAUCUCAAAGGCAGCAAGUUCUCCACAAUGGGCGACGCAUACAUCCACAACAGAUGAAUCAUCGUCAAGCUGGUUGGAAUUAUGCUGAGGAGGACCAGUUGUUCAGGAUGCAUGAGCAGCAUCCAUACCUACAGCAUCUUCAUAAUCAGCAAUUGGAACGUCUGCUUCCAAUUCAACAACAUGAAAACAUUGCAAAUAGGAUUUCAAGUCAGAAUCGUAAGCCUCAAUAUUUCGAGGUUCCAAUUGCUCACCAUCUUGAACAGUCUAAUUAUGAACCAUCAUGGAAGGCGAGUGCAUUUCGUAGGGGUUCAAACCAGUUAAAUUCUGUAUUUUCAACACACUAUAUGGACACAAUUCAAGGUAUGGAAAAAGUUUCCUUUCCUAGAAAGAUCCUUGGUAGAAGUCCUGGACUGAACACUGUUGAUGCUAUGAGGUUUAUGUCUAUUGAUGGUGAUAAAUCGUCCAAUCAUGUCAACCAAAGUAGAUUUCUCCGCCCAAAUAGCUGUUUUCGGCCCAACCAUUUGUCUACAGCUAAUGAAUGCAUGUGUCGUGAUCACUCCCCUGCUAUGUACUCAGAAUCUCCAAGUCUUAAGUUAGUGCCUGAGAGAUUUAACUCUGUUGAUGAAGUUAGGGGUAGAAUAUUUCUCAUGGCUAAAGACCAACAUGGUUGUCGUUUCUUGCAACGGAAAUUUAUGGAGGGUACUGAUGAAGAUAUUGAGAAGAUUUUCAAUGAAAUCAUCGAUCAUGUUGUCGACCUCAUGGUAGAUGCUUUUGGAAAUUAUUUAGUACAGAAGCUGCUUGAAGUUUGCAAUGACAAUCAACGGAUGCAAAUCCUAUGUAGAAUUACACAGAACCAUGGUGAACUUGUUAUGAUUUCAUGUGACAUGCAUGGGACUCGUGCUAUUCAAAAGGUCAUUGAGACCCUUAAAACCCAAGAGCAAGUUCACAUGAUUGUCUCAGCUUUAAAGUCUGGUAUAGUGACGCUGAUGAAAAAUAUAAAUGGCAACCAUGUGGCACAACACUGCCUUGAUUAUUUGAUGCCUAGUUGCCGUGAGCUACUUUUUGAUGCUGCAAGAAAUAGUUGUGUUGAUCUUGCCGUUGAUCGCCACGGUUGUUGUGUACUUCAAAAAUGCCUCAGUUGUUCUGAUAGCACAGACCGAGAUAAUUUAAUCAAUGAGAUCACCCAAAAUGCUCUGAUUAUUUCCCAAGAUCAAUAUGGGAACUAUGUUGUACAGUUCAUCCUGAAGCUUAAUCUUCGAUGGGCUACAGAAGCUAUACUCAAACAGCUAGAGGGUAAUUAUGGGGACUUGUCCAUGCAGAAGUAUAGUAGUAACGUCGUUGAAAAAUGCCUGCAAUUUGCGGAUGGAGUACAAAUUACUAAAAUUGUGCUUGAAUUGAUUAACGAUCCACGAUUUGAUAAAAUCAUGCAGGACCCAUAUGGCAAUUAUGCAAUUCAAACUGCUUUGAAUAAUACUGAGGGUACUCUUCAUACUAAAUUGGUGGAAGCAAUAAGGCCACACGUUCCGGUACUUAGGAUGAGUCCAUAUGGGAAAAAAGUCCUUGCAAUAGUUGGAAAAUCUAAUUAACCGGUUACGUGAGCGAGCACUUCUAGUCAUUAUUUCAUCUUGGUAAGAAAAACAUAACUGAUAUUUGUUUUCCUUCAGUACUUUUUUUUGGUAAAAAGAUUUAGGACCAGGUCUCUACCUGGAAAGAAAACUCAUCAAAGGUGAAGGCAUAUCCACAUCUCUUCACUUCUAAUUGUUGUUUUGGAUAAAAAAGUUUAGGAUGCGUAAACAUUGGUCGGUCAGUAAGUCGUCUGGCUCGUUGGCCAUGUUAUUUUUGUUGUUUUUCUUUUUUCUUUUUUUCUUUCAUUCGGCAAAGUAAAUAAAGGUGAAGGUAUAGAGAUGGGGAUAUAUGAAGUGUUGUACAUUUGUUGGGAUUCUGUUUUCUGAAGCUCAAUGCAUGUAGAAGAAAGAAGGGUAAAUGUGUGAGAAAUAGGAGAGUUUUUUUUUUUUCUUUUCUUCUUUUUGGUUUGAUGAAUUGAGGCUAGCUUUGUACUAUGGCUUGCUGCUACAGCUGCUAUAUAUCUUUUUUGGUUGGGCUAUGAUGUAAUUAUGACUCCUGUCAAUUAUAGCAAUUUGGGCUCUGUUUAUUGUUCUGCCU